GCUGACGCAAUCCAGGGAAAGUGGUCAUGUUGGGGAGGGAGUGUCUCGUCCGUACGCACAGACAGCAGGGAGCAGCUGAAGCAAGAGGACUUCUGGUAACAUUUCGCUGCAUUGCUGAAAGUGCCAUAUUAUCAUUUAAGACUUGAAAAAUUCUAGAAUAGCAUUGUAUCAACGACAGCUAAAAUGGUAGAUCGCGAGCCACUGGUGCAGAAAGCCAGGCUGGCCGAACAGGCUGAAAGAUAUGAUGAUAUGGCAGCAGCCAUGAAAUCGGUGACAGAGUCGAACGAGGCCUUGUCCAACGAGGAGAGGAACCUGCUCUCUGUGGCCUAUAAGAACGUGGUGGGGGCGCGGCGCUCGUCCUGGCGCGUCAUCUCCAGCAUCGAGCAGAAGACCUCGGCGGACGGCAACGAGAAGAAGAUGGAGAUGGUGCGCGCGUACCGCGAGAAGAUCGAGAAGGAGCUGGAGACCGUGUGUCAGAACGUGCUCAACCUCCUGGACAACUUCCUGAUCAAGAACUGCAACGACACACAGCACGAGAGCAAAGUGUUUUACCUGAAGAUGAAAGGCGACUACUACCGCUACCUGGCCGAGGUGGCCACGGACGAGAAGAGGGUCGGCGUGGUGGAGUCCUCUGAGAAGUCCUACAGCGAGGCCCAUGAGAUCAGCAAGGAGCACAUGCAGCCCACCCACCCCAUACGCCUGGGUCUGGCCCUCAACUACUCCGUGUUUUACUACGAGAUCCAGAAUGCACCUGAGCAGGCCUGCCACCUGGCCAAGACCGCCUUCGAUGACGCCAUCGCUGAGCUAGACACCCUGAACGAGGACUCCUACAAAGACUCGACCCUCAUCAUGCAGCUGCUACGAGACAACUUGACACUGUGGACGAGCGACCAGCAGGAUGACGAUGGUGGCGAGACCAAUAACUAGAGAGUCCCUAAAGAGACCUCCGUGUCCUGUUUCAGCCAAUACACACAACACGCCCACGCGCUCACAAAUGACAACAAACAAAAAUGAAACAGUUCUUAGAAAUGUUAAAAUGUUGGCUGGUGGAACUUUGGCAGCCACUUUUGCCGAUGAUACUACAGCAGCUGCAGUUCUUUAUUUUUCCCAACGAAUAUAAAAAGUGAAGAAACUAUUUAAUUAAAAAGAGGAGUAGGAGGGGAGAUGAGUUUAGUUUGUAGUAUAGUUAAAAAAAAAAAAAGAUAAACCCCUCCCUUCUUGAUUGCCUCUGCAUCUUUUGUCAAAACACCAUUUGAGAAUGAAGAAGGUCUGUGGUCAGUGAGUCAGUCAGUCAGUGAGUCAGUCAGUCAGUCAGUGAGUCAGUCAGUCAGUGAGUCAGUCAGUCAGUCAGUCAGUCAGUCAGUCAGUCAGUGAGUCAGUGAGUCAGUCAGUCAGUGAGUCAGUCAGUCAGUCAGUCAGUCAGUGAGUCAGUGAGUCAGUCAGUGAGUCAGUCAGUCAGUCAGUCAGUCAGUGAGUCAGUCAGUCAGUCAGUCAGUGAGUCAGUCAGUCAGUCAGUGAGUCAGUCAGUCAGUCAGUCAGUGAGUCAGUCAGUCAGUCAGUCAGUCAGUGAGUGAGUGAGUCAGUGAGUCAGUCAGUCAGUGAGUCAGUCAGUCAGUCAGUCAGUCAGUGAGUCAGUCAGUCAGUCAGUCAGUCAGUGAGUCAGUCAGUCAGUCAGUCAGUGAGUCAGUCAGUCAGCCAGUGAGUCAGUCAGUCAGUCAGUCAGUGAGUUAGUCAGUCAGUCAGUGAGUGAGUGAGUCAGUCAGUGAGUCAGUCAGUCAGUGAGUCAGUCAGUCAGUCAGUGAGUCAGUCAGUUAGUCAGUCAGUCAGUCAGUCAGUCAGUCAGUCAGUGAGUCAGUCAGUCAGUCAGUCAGUCAGUCAGUCAGUGAGUCAGUCAGUCAGUCAGUCAGUCAGUCAGUCAGUCAGUCAGUGAGUCAGUCAGUCAGUCAGUCAGUGAGUGAGUCAGUCAGUGAGUCAGUCAGUCAGUCAGUCAGUGAGUCAGUCAGUCAGUGAGUCAGUCAGUCAGUCAGUCAGUCAGUCAGUCAGUCAGUCAGUCAGUGAGUCAGUCAGUCAGUCAGUCAGUCAGUCAGUCAGUGAGUGAGUCAGUCAGUGAGUCAGUCAGUCAGUGAGUCAGUCAGUCAGUCAGUCAGUGAGUCAGUCAGUCAGUCAGUCAGUGAGUCAGUCAGUCAGUGAGUCAGUCAGUCAGUCAGUCAGUCAGUCAGUCAGUGAGUCAGUCAGUGAGUCAGUCAGUGAGUAGAGUGUGGCUGUUAGAGACCAAAAAAAUUAAAAAAAAUAAAAAAAUGUAUCACCUCGCAAAAAAAAAUAAAGAGUUGCAAACAGUUUCCUGAUAGGGUGAAAGAGCUAUGGUUUCUCUAGCCAGACACCUCAGACUUACCACCAUGGGCAUCUAGAAGUAUGUCUCACCCUGUAAUGGUAAUCGUUGAGCGAAGUCAGUUAUUGUUUGUGGUUAUUGAACAUAACCCAAUGAUUUGUUCCCAUGAUCUCAGCAAUUGGUUUGGACCCAGUCAUCUAGAGUACUGUAACGUAAGCAGGAGAAAACAGACAGACAGUACAGUCCUCUCAUGCACUGAUACGCUACACAGUCCUCUCAUGCACUGAUACGCUACACAGUCCUCUCAUGCACUGAUACGCUACACAGUCCUCUCAUGCACUGAUACGCUAUACAGUCCUCUCAUGCACUGAUACGCUACACAGUCCUCUCAUGCACUGAUACGCUACACAGUCCUCUCAUGCACUGAUACGCUACACAGUCCUCUCAUGCACUGAUACGCUACACAGUCCUCUCAUGCACUGAUACGCUACACAGUCCUCUCAUGCACUGAUACGCUACACAGUCCUCUCAUGCACUGAUACGCUACACAGUCCUCUCAUGCACUGAUACGCUAUACAGUCCUCUCAUGCACUGAUACGCUACACAGUCCUCUCAUGCACUGAUACGCUAUACAGUCCUCUCAUGCACUGACACGCUAUACAGUCCUCUCAUGCACUGACACGCUAUACAGUCCUCUCAUGCACUGACACGCUAUACAGUCCUCUCAUGCACUGAUACGCUAUACAGUCCUCUCAUGCACUGAUACGCUACACAGACACAAAACAUUUUCAAGUACACUGUUAUCAUUAUUAUUACUAUUAUUAUUACUCACUCCUUACCGAGGUUGUCAAGGGUGCCAUAUUAUUAGAAUAUCAAAAAUAUGCUAAUAUAAUGAAAAUGAAAACGCUAAAACGUUACCAAAUUAAAUUAUUUUGUAGAGGGGAUCAUUUGAUGUCGUAAGGCAACAGAAUUUUGCCCUAAAUUAAGGUACAUUUAUGUUUACAAUAAUUACUUAUUGUAGAUCUCUGAAAUGACACACAGUUGACUGGAACCACGCGUUCCACGAUACACCUUUAUUUUGGGCGCUGGCCAAUAUAUAAAACAAGUUUUGUUUUUCUUCUUUCUGUUAACCUUUUUAAUUGUCAAGAAAUACAUUUGCCUAUCAUACUGUUCCUUGAGUGUAAAACAAUAACUACUCCAAUAGCAGGGUAGCCUAGUGGUUAGAGCGUUGGACUAGUAACUGGAAGGUUGCAAGUUCAAACCUCCCUACUUGACAAGGCACAAAACUGUCGUUCUGCCCCUGAACAGGCAGUUAACCCACUGUUCCUAGGGCCGUCAUUGAAAAUAAGAAUUUGUUCUUAACUGACUUGCCAAGUUAAAUAAAGGUAAAAUAUUCUCCAUAUUAUAAUACUGUGCAUGCUGGUGAAGUAUUUACCUACAGUAACUUGACUGCCUUACUAUGAACUUAUACUGUAGACGUGAUGUAAUUCAUAUGAACAUGACUGGAUUUCAAUCUGAUUUAUUUUCUAUUUAUACUUUAUAUUGGAUUGUUUGAACAUUUAUUUUUGAACAUUUGUUUUUCUUUUCUCCACUUGCUGGAAGUACACUAUACCAAAAACAGUGAUUGUUAACAUUAAAUCGAUCUGUAAUGGACA